CAAAAACCCAAAGAGCACACAUUGCAAAAUCCCAUCCAAACAUGGCCACUCCAACACCCUCAUCAUCAUCCCAAAGCAUCUCCUCCAUCUCAGCCUAUCUCCAAUCCCUCUCUCAGACCCCUCAAAAGCUCAGAAAGAGAAUGCUAGCUACAUGGACCCCAACUGAAGAGCUAACCCAAGUGAGGCUAAGAUCAGGUGCAGAAAUGAAGAGGAAGCUUGAGUGGUAUGAUCUUGUUGCACUUGGUGUAGGUGGCAUGCUUGGUGUUGGAGUCUUCGUCACGACGGGUAACAUCGCACAUAACGUCUCCGGUCCCGCCGUCUUCAUUUCAUACAUCGUCGCUGGCAUAUCCGCUCUCCUCUCUUCUUUGUGUUACACAGAAUUCUCUGUCGAGAUACCUGUCGCGGGCGGUGCCUUCAGUUACCUAAGAGUGACAUUUGGGGAGUUUGUGGGAUACUUCGGCGGAGCAAAUAUACUGAUGGAGUAUGUGCUGUCGAAUGCCGCGGUGGCGAGGAGUUUCACGGAGUAUUUGUGCUGUGCAUUUGGAGGAGAUCCAAAGUCAUGGAGGGUUGAAGUGGGUGGAUUGGCAAAGGGAUACGAUACGUUGGAUUUCAUUGCUGUGGCUCUUAUUCUUCUAAUCACUGUCUGUCUCUGCCAUAGUACUAAGGAGAGCUCUACAUUGAACCUUGUGAUGACAGUCUUCCAUGUAAUCUUCUUUGGGUUUGUUAUCAUUGCUGGCUUUUACAAUGGGAGUGCAAAGAACCUUAUAAAGCCUGGAGGGUUAGCUCCAUUUGGUGUUAGAGGUGUUCUCAAUGGGGCAGCCACUGUCUACUUCAGCUAUAUUGGCUAUGACUCUGUGUCCACCAUGGCAGAAGAGAUCAAGAACCCUUCAAAGAGCCUACCCAUCGGCAUCACUGGGUCCGUCCUCAUCGUCUCCCUUCUUUAUUGCCUGAUGAGCUUGUCGUUGUCUGUGAUGCUUCCUUUCAAUGAGAUAUCGGACCAAGAAGCAUCCUAUGCGAUCGCUUUCCAAAAGAUUGCGGGAUGGAAAUGGGCGGGCAAUGUCGUUGGAGCGGGAGCAAGCUUGGGGAUUGUGGCUUCUCUCUUGGUUGCCAUGCUAGGCCAGGCAAGGUACCUGUGCGUCAUCGGGAGGACUCGGCUCGUUCCGUUUUGGUUGGCAAGGGUGCACCCUUCUACUGGCACCCCCAUGAAUGCUACAAUCUUCUUGGGCAUUUGCACUGCUGUGAUUGCACUCUUCACCGAGCUCAAGAUAGUGCUCGACAUGAUCUCACUCGGCACCCUUCUUGUGUUCUACAUGGUGGCUAACGCGCUCAUCUACCACCGUUACGUGAAGCACGGAAGCAACCGGCCUCUCCCCACUCUUAUGUUCCUCCUCCUCCUCUCAUCAACCUCCAUUGCCUUCUCCCUAUCAUGGAAGCUCAAGGAAAAUUGGUGGGUCCUAGUCUUUUUUGGUGGGGCAUCGAUCGCCAUCACCGCAAUCUUCCACCGUUGGUUCCCAUGCACCCAAAGGCCUGCCGAGUGGUCGGUACCACUCAUGCCAUGGCCAGCUGCAGCCUCCAUCUUCCUCAAUGUCUUCCUCAUGACCACACUCAAGAAGAUAGCAUUCCAGAGGUUUGGUGUCUGGAGUUGUGUGGUCACCUUGUUCUAUAUCCUUUAUGGGGUCCACUCAACGUACGGUGCUGAUGAAAUGGACAUGGAUUUGGAUGAUAGCACCCGGAUCUCAACCGUUCAACAGAUCAAGAUAGAAAUCUAGUUGACCACAUUGCAGAUAAGAUAUGUCCAUCUAAUGGAGUGAGGUGAAAUAUGAACCCAUGUUUUUGCAUACAUGCACCCAGUUUUCUACUUUUGGUAUUGGAAAAGUUCCAAAGUUUACUACUCCAAUACCAAAAGUAGAAAGAGAUGGCGUAUCUGUCAAAAAGGAGGGUUGUAAAUAUCAGUUCUGUGAUCUAAUAUAGCUAAUGAAAGGAAAGUCAUCCAACUUGUAGAAAGAA